GUUUAUUUGUUUAAUUAUCAUGUUCGUAAAUUGAAAUUACAAUUAAAUUUCCUUAUGAAUUACAUGAAAUAAUAUCUGUAACGAAUGAAAUAGAUCUUCAAUGUAUUUAUUGUUAAGGUGAAAAUAAAAUUGUUCAACGCUUUUUUAAAAAGCUCGAAGUGUCCGUACUUUCCCUACUAAUUAAUGGUGUCCGUAGUUUUUCCUUUUUGUGUCCGAACUUUCCCUGCUGUGUCCGUACUUUGCCGUUUUUGCCACUUUACUUUAAGACGUCAUAUUCUAUAUCUUGGACCAACCAAAUGGAAGGAGUAAACGGUAAAACGCGCGUGAAUAUAUUUCCGAAUGAACCGGAAGAGCGUUUGUAAUCAUUCUUUUCAUUUACUUGCGUGUAGCUAGAUCUUGAUCUCCCGUUGUAAAAUUCGUCCGUACUUACCCGGAUUGCCCCUAACACUAGCUGUCAUUUGUUGACACAUAUUGGAACUAUAUUGAUGUGGUCCGACAUGUCUUUUGUUUUACAUAGAAUUCAAUCAUUUUAGAGCCACUUUGUUUAGUUUCUACGAUCUUCAUCCACUCACAGACUAUUUCGCCCAAAACAUCCAUACAUUUGCUUAAAAACGGCUGAAAAAAAAAGUGAAGUAGGCAUUUAAUACCUUCUUGCCUACAAGCAAAAAUCGCAAACUUCAUGCACAUGCGAGAUUGCUGUUACACCGCUUGACCUUUGGUACCCGGCCUUACAUAAUAAAGGUAAAACUAGGAUUAAGUGGAAGAUAUAAAUCUGAAGUAAAGACAAGAUGGAGUACUGUAAAAAUGGCACAGAGUUCACUGACAUUUGGAUUGAUGAGGGAAUAAAUCAGUGUUUCCUGGACACUAUAACAUCAUCCAUUCUAUUUGUUUUCUUAUUUAUAUUCGGUUGUGUUCAGUGUUCUAUGUACAGAAAGUAUGCUACUAAAAUUGACAAGAAAUAUGUCAACUCAAAUUUUGGUUCAGUGUUGCAAAUAUUUUUGACUGUGCUGUUAAUGCUAGAAUCACUAUCUCAUAUCAUAACGAAAGAUUUGAUGAAAGAAAAUGGAGGAAUUGUUGGUGUAGACAUUCUUACGUUUCUAUGUUUAUUUCUUGCCUGGUCAAGCACUUUGAAAAUUCUGUCUUUGGAACGGAAGCAGAUGCUUCCAACAAUACCAACUCGUGGACAUGGAUUGCUACUUCUUGUGUUUUGGACCUUGGCAUUUAUCAGAGAAAACAUGGCAUUUAUCAGUUGGUGGAGUCACUCUUGGUUUUGGUAUCUGAGGAGUGAUGUAGAUCAUGCAGAGUUUGUCCUGUGGAUAAUAAGGUACUCCUGUACCACACUUCUAUUCCUGCUCGGUCUGAAAGCUCCAGGAUUACCACUCCAUAGUUAUAGAGCCCUGCAGUCAGAAGAUGACAAAACGGGAGAUAAAUCAGGCAGACAUGAGGGGUCUACAUGGAGUAAUGUUCUCAAGAAAUUAAAGCUGAUGGCACCAUAUGUGUGGCCUAAAGGAAGCUGGUGGCGGCAGUUGAUUGUGCUUGGAUGUAUCUUGAUACUUGCAGCUGGAAGAGGCAUUAAUGUGUUUGUACCAAUCUACAAUAAAUAUAUUGUGAACAGUUUAACUUAUGAGCAAAAGGCAACGAUUACGGGUCUGUUCGGAGUACAGGUACCAGAAUUCCGGUGGGAUUUUAUCUGUAUUUACAGUGCUCUUCUCUUCUUCAAAGGCAGUAGUACAGGUGGUUCUGGUUUUUUGAAUAACAUGCGGACAUUCUUGUGGAUUCCUGUACAGCAGUAUACCACACGGAGAGUACAAGUCAAGCUAUUUUCGCAUCUGCAUAGUUUAUCAUUGAGUUGGCACCUAAAGAGAAAGACAGGUGAAAUUCUUCGGGUCGUUGACAGAGGGACAAACAGUAUAAAUAACCUUCUCAACUAUGUAGUCUUUCAGAUUUUACCAACUAUAGUGGAUAUAUUGAUAGCCAUAGUGUACUUUAUCACAGCAUUUAACUAUAUAUUUGGACUGGUUGUGUUUCUAGCUAUGGCACUAUACCUAGCUGUAACUGUGUGGGUCACAGAGUGGAGGACAAAAUAUCGCCGAGAGAUGAAUCUUCUUGACAAUGAAACCAAUUCAAAAGCAGUUGAUUCACUUCUUAACUUUGAAACUGUAAAAUAUUAUGGUGCGUCCGACUUUGAAGUUGAAAGAUACAAUAAAGCUAUUCUCAAAUACCAGAAAGCUGAAUGGAAAGCCACUGCAUCACUCAACCUUCUCAAUACAGCACAGAAUGUUGUUAUAACUGGAGGAGUACUAGCUGGUUCCCUGCUCUGUGCCUGGGCUGUAGUUCAUAGCUUAAAUGGUUUACAUCUUACAGUGGGAGAUUAUGUGCUGUUUGGGACAUACAUUAUACAGUUGUAUGGACCUCUUAAUUGGUUGGGAACUUAUUACAGAAUGAUACAGCAAGCUUUUAUAGACAUGGAAAAUAUGUUUGAGUUACUGGAUGUAGGAAUGGAGGUUGUGGAUGUACCGGAUGCCAAAGAUCUACAGAUUCAAACUGGUCAGAUUGAAUUCAAAAAUGUUGAGUUCAAAUAUGAGCCAUCGAAAAACAUACUGAAAGACAUCUCGUUCACAGUGCCACCAGGCCAGACAUUUGCUUUGGUUGGGCAUUCUGGAAGUGGAAAGAGUACCAUAAUACGUCUGUUGUUUAGAUUUUAUGAUGUACAGGCAGGCACCAUAUGUAUUGAUGGUCAGGAUAUAUCGAAGGUGAAACAGGAAUCCUUAAGAAAAUGUAUAGGUGUGGUUCCUCAAGAUACAGUAUUAUUUAACAAUGAUAUAAUGUAUAACAUACGUUAUGGCCGUGUCACAGCAUCAGACGAGGACGUUCAGGGGGCCGCUGAUGCUGCAGAUAUACAUAAUAGAAUUUUAACUUUCCCUCUAAAAUAUGAGACAGUUGUUGGAGAGAGGGGUUUGAAGUUGAGUGGAGGAGAAAAACAAAGGGUUGCUAUAGCCAGGACUCUACUGAAAGCACCGGCAAUAGUAUUACUUGACGAGGCUACAUCAGCUUUGGACACUAAAACAGAACGUAACAUCCAGACCUCUCUUGCCCGAGUCUGUGAGAAUAGAACUACUAUAAUAGUCGCUCAUCGUCUUUCAACAAUCAUCCAUGCUGAUGCAAUCCUUGUGUUAGAUGAAGGAGAAAUUGUAGAGAGAGGAACGCAUGAAGAGCUUCUUAACAAACAGGGUCAUUAUUACGAGAUGUGGCAGCAACAACUGACAAAAUUAGAGGAGGCUGGCGAUAAUAAUUCUGUAAAUGGUGAAACAGCAUCUGUUACAGUCGAACAAACAUAGAUUUCUAGAUUGUAGCUUGAUACCAGCUGGAACUGAGGAACAUGUUGGAUUUUAACAAGGCAAGACACAGAUACAUUGAAGGCUGGGAGGAUGUUGAAAUAGCGGAAAUGAUUUGGAAAUAAUUCUGUACAGGCUGAUCUUAAAAAUGAACUUGAGAAGGAUUCUUUAAAUCAUGGGUGACCUAUUCAGCAUUAUUAAACAGAUUGGUCAAUAUUUUGACAGAGCAUUGUAGAUGUUCACAAGACAUUAAUUUUGUUGAUUUUGUCAGUGUUAAUUUAUUUAAAAACUUUAAAAUGCAGGUUUUGUUUAUAUAGACUUAGGAUGUUCCAUACAAAUUCUGGAAAUAAUAGAUUUCAGCAAAUUGG